AUGGAGGCGGAAGACGAGGCGCCGCCGCUGUGACGGCUGCAGAAGUUGCCUCCGGAGCAGGGCGCCCCGCUUCUUCACAAAAUAAUUGAUGGCAUGUGUGGUCGAGCUUACCCUGCCCACCAUGAUUAUCACAACGUUUGGGAUUUGACUGAAUGGAAGCUCGUUCUGGAAGAUGUGAGCAUGUUUUUCAAAGCUGUAGUUGGCAAAAACUUUUCAGAUGAAGAGACACUCCAGCAAUUGAACCAACUGAAUUCAUGUCAUCAAGAAGCAGUAAUGGAGUGCUUAAAGAGCAGGAAAAAUGAGAUCAAGCAAGCCUUGUUGGGACAAAUAGUUGAUAUUUCUUGUGCACAGCUACAGGAUUUUGAUUGGCAGUUAAAGCUCGCGCUUUCAAGUGACAAGAUCGCCACUUUACAGAUGCCACUUUUAAACCUUCACCUGGAUGUGAAGGAGAAUGGUGAAGUGAAACCAUACUCUAUUGAAAUGAGUAAAGAGGAGCUGCAGAGUCUAAUCAGUUCCUUGGAGGCAGCUAAUAAGGUGGUCCUGCAGUUAAAAUAACUGGAAAUAGUGAAUUUCAACACUACCAGAUUUCACUGCAGCUACGUGGCAAAGCGAAGGAUGUGUCCGAGGGUCGAUGCUACAGCAGGCUGAGCAGGAGCAAUGCCGAGCUGACAGAGAUGAAGACCUGUCAGCACCCUAAAGAACAGGAAACUGUGUGGAUGAUAGGAAAUACGUAAAAUGAAAGGUGAAAAGCUG